CCCCAUCCCCUUCUGUUUUUCUCUCUCAUUCUCCGGUGGCAGCGGCGGGGAAGGUGGAGGCAGGGGCAGCAGCAGCCGCGCGGGCUGCAAUGAAUGAUCCCCCAGCGCGGGGGGAGGACUCCAGGUGAGCCUCUGCCCUCGGGAGGGCCGGGACCCCCGGCCGCCCAGGACCUGCAGCCCCCGCCAUGGAUCCCUAGAAGAGGAGGAGGAGGAGAAGACAGCUUCGCCGCCCACCCCCCAUCCCAUUUUCCUCUUCCUUUAUCUCAUUGUUGCGGUAGCUGUUUACGGCAGCGCUCCCUCUGCCCCAGCAUGGGGCGGGCUCCGGGCACUGCCAUUCGGCCGGCGCGGCUCCCGCGGCUGCCGGGGGAUUCUGCCUAAUUCCCCCUGCCCGGCCCGUGCAGCGAGGACCGGAGAGCGGUGGAGGCCCGGACUGCAGCAGCGGCGGGGCCACCUCCCAGCAUCCCCACCCUAGGAGGCUGCAUGCGGAUUGAAGAGCGGCGCCUGGGGGCUGGGCUGGCCCCGCUGAUCCCAACCUAGGGAGGCCAGCAGGACCGCCCAGGCUGCGGAGGGGCCCUGGGGAGCAGGAAGGACAGAGCAUCAAGAUGGCCAGUAAAACCAAGGCCAGCGAGGCCCUUAAGGUGGUGGCCCGGUGCCGCCCCCUCAGCCGGAAGGAGGAGGCUGCUGGUCACGAGCAGAUCCUGACCAUGGACGUGAAACUGGGCCAGGUGACCCUGCGGAACCCCCGCGCUGCCCCAGGGGAACUGCCCAAGUCCUUCACCUUUGAUGCCGUGUAUGAUGCCAGCUCCAAGCAGGCAGACUUAUAUGAUGAAACCGUGAGGCCCCUGGUAGACUCCGUACUUCAGGGUUUCAAUGGCACGGUGUUUGCCUAUGGCCAGACGGGCACCGGCAAGACCUACACCAUGCAGGGGACCUGGGUGGAGCCCGAGCUGCGGGGGGUCAUCCCCAAUGCCUUUGAGCAUAUCUUCACCCACAUCUCUCGCUCCCAGAACCAGCAGUACCUGGUUCGGGCCUCCUACCUGGAGAUCUACCAGGAGGAGAUCCGGGACCUGCUCUCCAAAGAGCCUGGCAAGAGGCUAGAACUGAAGGAGAACCCGGAGACCGGUGUCUACAUCAAGGACCUCUCCUCCUUCGUCACCAAGAACGUCAAGGAGAUCGAGCACGUGAUGAACCUGGGGAACCAGACCCGGGCGGUGGGCAGCACGCACAUGAAUGAGGUCAGCUCCCGCUCCCAUGCCAUCUUCGUCAUCACUGUGGAGUGCAGUGAGCGGGGCUCAGAUGGCCAGGACCACAUCCGUGUGGGCAAGCUCAACCUGGUGGACCUGGCUGGCAGUGAGAGGCAGAACAAGGCAGGCCCCAAUGCCGCCGGAGGGACGGCCACACAGUCCACGGGCUGCGGCAGCGGUGGAGGUGGGGGUGGUGGCGGCGGCGGCGGUGGUGGUGGUGGUGGUGGUAGUGGUGGAGAGAGGCCUAAGGAAGCCUCCAAAAUCAACCUCUCGCUGUCUGCCCUGGGCAACGUGAUCGCUGCUCUGGCAGGCAACAGGAGCACCCACAUCCCCUACCGGGACUCCAAGCUGACCCGGCUGCUCCAAGACUCUCUGGGGGGGAACGCCAAGACCAUCAUGGUGGCCACUCUGGGGCCGGCUUCUCACAGCUACGACGAGAGCCUCUCCACCCUGCGCUUUGCCAACAGGGCCAAGAACAUCAAGAACAAGCCCCGCGUGAACGAGGACCCCAAGGACACGCUGCUGCGGGAAUUCCAGGAGGAGAUCGCUCGCCUGAAGGCCCAGCUGGAGAAGAAGGGGAUGCUGGGAAAGCGGCUCCGGAGAAAGAGCAGCCGCAGGAAGAAGGCCGUGUCGGCCCCAGCUGGGUACCCCGAGGGGCCGGUGAUAGAGGCCUGGGUGGCCGAAGAGGAGGAUGACAACAACAACAACCACCGCCCACCCCAGCCCAUCCUGGAGUCAGCCUUGGAUAAGAACAUGGAGAAUUACCUGCAGGAGCAGAAGGAGCGCCUGGAGGAGGAGAAGGCGGCCAUCCAGGAUGACCGCAGCCUGGUGAGCGAGGAGAAGCAGAAGCUGCUGGAGGAAAAGGAGAAGAUGCUGGAAGACCUAAGGCGGGAGCAGCAGGCCACGGAGCUGCUCGCGGCCAAGUACAAGGCCAUGGAGAGCAAGCUACUCAUCGGGGGCAGGAACAUCAUGGAUCAUACCAACGAGCAGCAGAAGAUGCUGGAACUAAAGAGGCAGGAGAUUGCGGAGCAGAAACGCCGUGAACGGGAAAUGCAGCAAGAGAUGCUGCUCCGCGACGAGGAGACCAUGGAGCUCCGGGGCACAUACACGUCCCUGCAGCAGGAGGUGGAGGUCAAAACCAAGAAGCUCAAGAAGCUCUACGCCAAGCUGCAGGCGGUGAAGGCAGAGAUCCAGGACCAGCACGACGAGUACAUCCGCGUUCGGCAGGACCUGGAGGAGGCGCAGAAUGAGCAGACCCGGGAGCUCAAGCUCAAGUACCUGAUCAUCGAGAACUUCAUACCCCCUGAGGAGAAGAACAAGAUCAUGAACCGGCUCUUCCUGGACUGUGAGGAGGAACAGUGGAAGUUCCAGCCACUUGUGCCCGCCGGAGUCAACAACAGCCAAAUGAAGAAGCGUCCAACGUCCGCAGUGGGCUACAAGAGGCCUAUCAGCCAGUAUGCUCGGGUUGCUAUGGCAAUGGGGUCCCACCCCAGGUACAGGGCUGAAAACAUCAUGUUCCUGGAGCUGGAUGUGUCCCCCCCAGCUGUCUUUGAGAUGGAAUUCUCUCAUGACCAAGAACAAGAUCCCCGCGCGCUACACAUGGAGAGGCUCAUGCGCUUGGACAGCUUUCUGGAAAGACCUUCCACAUCUAAAGUUCGAAAGUCCAGGUCCUGGUGCCAGACUCCUCAGCGGCCUCCAGCCUCUACCCCACAGGCCUCACUGGCCUCCGCUGCUCUGCGCCCCACAACAGUGCUAGACCAUGAGUGACAACCUUCCGUCAGGCUGCCCGGCCAAGAGCCUCCUGGGACGGGGAGCCAACCCUGGAUCGUCUCACCUGACACUCAGUGUGCGUGCGUGUGUGUGCAUGUGCGUGUGCGUAUGUGUGAGGGGGCGAGACCCUGGCAGACCGCGCGUCGGCCCGCUCUUCUCAGCCUCCUUUAUUUAAUUAAUGUUAUUUAUUUGUGGAGUUCGGUUUUGGGGGAGAUGCCCUCGCCUGAGCCUGCGGUGGUCACUACAGAGCCUCCUUUCCUUCUGACUUUAGAACCCCCCACCCCCGUGUCAGACCUCAAGCUCCUCUCUGUCAGCUGCUCCCAGAAGGGAAGGUAGCCAGGGCCUGAGGAGAGAGCACUCUUUCUACCUGUCUCACUCCAUCAUCCAUCUCCUCCAGCUGACCGUGAGCAGUUCCUAAGCACUUUCUGGGACUAGAAAAACGCUCGAUGUCCACAAAGGACCAGAGAUGUCCCGACAGCGUUGGGCCUGUGCUCCCAGCGAACAGAGGCCUGCACUUCCCUCUCCGGACCUCAGAUAACCUCUUUCGGCCUCUUGGGCUCCUUUUCAAGGACUUACAUGACCUCACCGACACAGCCCAUGCUCUUCGGCUUCGGCAAAAACUCAUGGCUUACCCAGCUCUGCUUCCUGGCCACUGUCCCAACCUCUGGAUGGGAAUUGUGAACCGACCGGUGGAGGCCCCCCUUCAGGACCUGCAGAAAACGAAACCGUAAUGGAGACAACACGGACAGUCAUCAAAGGAAGUCCUGUCUCUGAGUCCCUUCGUUUCUGUCCCCACGGAGAAAUAACUUGGGUCAAGUGAUCAAGCCAACUCCCCGUUUUUUGAGAUGCUGCUCCUUCCUGCUGUGGUCCUUUUCCUCUGCAGCUGCCUGGAGCCCAGUUCAGGGUGGCAGGAAUCAAUGUCAUUCUCCCUCUGGCUACACAAAGGUACCGGAAUCUGUUGCUUCCCCCUUCACGUAGCACAGGAGACAGAGACCCAGGCCCGAUCUGCGAGCUUUGCCAAUUAACGCCAGUUUCUGUAUCCCGUUUGUCAAGCACUGUUUUGUUGAAAACGGAUCCUUUCUUCAGCGUUGUGCAAAUUAGUCCCUAGGGAAAUGCUCCCCACUUCCUUUUGUGACAUCUGAAAAUGUUUCCAGUUAUCUCAAGUAGUAAGUAAGUUUUGACCAAAAAAAAAAAAAAAGAUAGAAA